AUGGCCAGCUCAAGCAGAGGCCAAGUGAUCAAGCGUGCCGAUCCGUCCACCAUCCAUGACAAGUUCCUAGUCGGCUACCAGGGCUGGUUCACCUGCCAUGGGGAUGGAGAGCCCGUCGGUCCUGGCCACCAUGGUUGGCUUCACUGGUUCACAUACCCGGUUCCAGACGGCGGCCGCCCUAAUACAGACCUUUGGCCGGACGUCUCGGACUACACUCCCUCUGAGCUCUUCCCGGCCCCAGGCCUCAAGUGCGCGAACGGCGAGCAGGCCUUCCUCUUCUCCUCCCGCCACCCGAAGACCGUGCAGCGUCACUUCAACAUGAUGGCGAUGCACGGCGUAGACGGGGCGUUCCUGCAACGGUUCGUAGGUCAAUGCGACGUCGAUUCAGGCAACGAGGGUAUCCGCAAGAGGAGGCCAAACUCACCCCGCUAA